AUGAUGAGCCUUGAAAGACAAAUCAAUCUUGAUAAUCAACGAGAGAUUAUGGAAACAAUGGAAUUAUUUCAGAAUCAGCUGGAUGAAAUUCAAGCUGAAGAGAAUGCGAAAGCUGGUGCUGAGAAAGAACAGACUCGUAUUACUCAAGGUGAGCCUAGUAGAAGAGGUGACAAUGUAUCAACCGACACUAGAUCCAAACAAAAGCCAGAAAGUGAUGUAAACCCAAGGCCAACCAAAAGACGCGGAGGUCGUACCAGUGGUGGUGAUCGUGGUGGGCGACCUGGUAGUGAUCGCGGAGGUCGUACCAGUGGUAGUGAUCGCGGAGGUCGUACCAGUGGUGGUGAUUGUGGUGGGAGAUCUGGUGGAAGCAGUCGGGGUGGACGUGCUCUUCCUCCGUUCUAG